AGUCCGGAUCCGGGGCGACUGCAUGCCUAGUAUCCGCGGCUGCAAGAAGGGCUGCUGGUCUACCUCGUGUGCCGCUCGAGGUCUGCGAACACAUCAUUGAAUGCGUGCCGGUGGACGAGGACGUUAUGUGGCUCAAUGACUGCGAGAGGACACUGCGGGCGUGCUCCCUCACAUGUCGGGCUUGGCGACGCAAAGCUCAGACACAACUGUUCACCGAUCACAUAUUCCUCCAUAGGAUUAUCAUCCAGAGGUUCUUUCGUGCAGCGACCGCACGACCAGCACUCUUCACGAUGGUCAAGAACGUCGUACUGUGCGGAUCACAGUUCGAGAUACCUGCGGUUGCGGAAGCCUUCGAAAAGCGAGCGUGGCCAUUGGACAGCCUGCUUACUUUCGUCCUUAUGUUCGCGCGAAAGCUGAAAGGCUUGGAGCGUCUUUGCAUCACGCGCGGCGAAUGGAAGACAAAUCGACCUCUUCCCCUCGGUAAUGCCUUGUAUCAGGGCCUAUCAACCUUCAACUCUCUAUCGACACUUGUCCUGCGCAACUUAAUCCUUCCAUCCGCACACGAAUUCAAGGAAAUCAUUCUCGCGAUCGCCUGUCUCACUCGGCUCGAAUGCCAGACCAUAUUCUGGAAGAAAGUAGGCGUCAUUGGCCCUGCUGAUAUCCAAGCCCGUCAUCCGACCUUACGAACCCUCCAUAUCAAUUCUUACGCACCGGUCAAGCUCGAUGGGGAGGGAAGCAUGUACGCCUUCAUCAAGGAUAUAACAAGGGUACUCACCCUCAUCACUCCUGACGGACAAAUCACGGAGCUUGCAGCCAACCUGCGGUCCUUUCGUGAAUACAAACUGCAUGAAUGUUCCGAUCCAAACCAUCUCAAUACUCGCCAUACUUUUACUAUCCAUGACCUCGGAGGAUCAGGCAUCAGCCAAUUGCUACGACACGCCGGAACGGCACUACGAAGCCUCCGCCUGCAGCUCACUGGUUGGCGAUAUAGUCGUGUGGAGGAGAAAGAGAUGACUGGCGCUGUCGGUGAGUUCACUACGCUGUCUUGGCGAUAUUUAUACUCCAAUAAUCGUGCGACCUAUCAACAGAGGAACAUCUCAAACUCGCUUACAGCAAUCCAAACUUGGAGUCUCUUGAAAUAACGAUCCCUUACAUCGAGAACGAGACCAGCCUGUCUUGGCUCGGAAUCGUGCUGUCGAACGUCAAUCCGGAAACACUGCGAAACAUAUCGUUAGAUAUUCAGCUCAUAAGCAUCAUCCCAACCAA